AUGAGCUUCGCCGAGGGAGAGCUCCCUGAACUCUUCAACACAUGGAACGACCUAAACAUCUCAGGCUUACUAGAGAACAUAUCACACGUGGAACUGCACAUGUGUCAUACAGCCUUCAACCGCACCGCCCUCCUCCACGCCAUGUGCACACUUUACAUUUUCAUUUUCGUGAUUGGCCUGGCUGCCAAUGCCCUGGUGGUGUGGGUCAACGUCCGUGCCAAGCACCACCAGCGUCGCCAUGGGACGCACCUCUACAUCCUGAACCUGGCGGUGGCAGACCUCAGCGUGGUCGCCACGCUGCCGGUGUGGGUGAGCUCGCUGGUGCAAGGAGGGGUCUGGUCCUUUGGCGAAGCUGCCUGUAAACUCACGCACCUCGUCUUCAGCGUCAACCUUUUCGCCAGCAUCUUCUUCCUCACGUGCAUGAGCGUGGAUCGCUAUCUGUCCGUGGCGACACGGCUGUGUGAGCUGUCCAGUCGCCGGUGGAGGCUCGCGCGCUGCGUGGCAUGUGCGGGGUCCUGGCUUUUGGCGCUAGUGGCAUCCGUACCUGACACCUACUUCCUGCAGGCUGUGACAGAGCCUCAUUCCAAGGUGACCCAGUGCCAGCCGGUCUAUCCGGAGGACAAUCCGCAUGGGUGGAUGGUGGGAGUGCAGAUCAGUUUUGUGAUACUGGGAUUCGCUGUGCCUUUCCCAAUCAUCACCGUUUCCUACGCGCUGUUGGCAAGGGCCCUAGCUUCCUCAUCUUCCUCUUCCUCCUCGCCCUCCUCUUCCUCGGCUACGGACCAGGAGCGAAACGUGAGCCGGAAGGUCAUUCUGACCUACAUUGUGGUGUUCCUGGCGUGCUGGGCACCGUACCAUGCGGUGUUGCUGGCCGAUGCCGUUGUUUUGUUGGGAGCGUUACCACUGAGCUGCAGAGCGGAAAAUGCACUGUACGUGGCGAUGCAUCUCACCCAGUGCCUGUCACUGCUUCACUGCUGUGUCAAUCCAGUGGUUUACAGCUUCGUGCACCGCCACUACCGCUAUGACCUGAUGAAGGCUUUCAUCUUCAAGUACUCCACCCGCACUGGACUGGCCCACCUCAUGGAUGCCUCGCAGGGCACAGAGACCGAAUAUUCUGCCGUGGAAAACCCCCCUGUUGUGGCAACAGGAAGCCCCUCUGAACCUGAGGAAAUUCAGACCUGA